GUAACAUAUGCCCUUCCCGAUAAGAUUCAUUAAUUAUUCCUCGUAACACAAUAUAAAUAAGUAUAUCCACAGUUUUCUUCUUCCUCGGAGGGUUGAUAAGCUGUCUUCUUAAUUCUGCUUCCUCACUGUAAAAUGGAAGCUGCAGGUUACAUACAGAGGUUUCACAGGCAUCAUCCGAAAGACCACCAAAGUUCUGGGACUGUUAUGAAGCACAUCAAAGCCUCCACAGAUAUUGUUUGGUCAUUGGUGAGGAGGUUUGAUGAGCCACAGAAGUAUAAGCCGUUCGUCAGCAGGUGUAGGGUGAAUGGUGUUGCAAUUGGGAGUCUCAGAGAGGUAAACGUCAAGUCAGGACUUCCAGCCACCACCAGCACUGAAAUGUUGGAACUUCUUGAUGAUAGUGAACAUAUUCUUGGAAUCAAGAUAGUUGGAGGUGAUCACCGCCUAAAGAACUACUCAUCGGUCAUUACGCUGCAUCCGGAGAUGAUUGACGGGAGGCCAGGAACGCUGGUAAUCGAGUCCUUCUUGGUUGAUGUGCCGGAAGGGAACACACGAGAGGAAACCUGUUACUUCGUCAAUGCCCUUAUCAAUUGUAACCUCAAAGCUCUGGCCGAUGUCUCCGAGAGGAUGGCGGUGCAGAGUAGAUAAUGGGGUUGAACCUCAGCUUUUUGUUUUGUGUACCGGGUUAAGGGUCCCAUAAUGCUUGGGAUUGGAGAGAUUGCUUGAAGCAGUCCACUUUCUCAUCUAUGCAUAUUUCCUCUAGCUAGCUAGGACUGUUAUUGGGGUGGGGGUUGAUUUGCUUUUUGUUAUAGUUAGGAUAGUUAAAUAAUCUUUAGUAUCUGUAAAUACAAAAUAUGCUGCUUUGGAACAUGUAUGUUGAAGCAAAGCAAAGCAAUAAAUAUGCUGUACCUACUGCAUGCAUGUUUUAGUAAACUUCCUCUAUUAUGAUAUUAUCUUCUCCAGGUCACCCUACUUUGAUUAAGUAAAUAAUUGACCUGUGAUGGUAACCUUGCCUAAGAUAAAUUUUCCUAUCUGUUGCCAUUUUGUGAAGGAUAACUUUG